CUAUCCUGGGAGAGGCACUUGAUAUUUACCCUAUUUACUACUCUCAAUUUUAUGAACCUGUCAGAUCGCCCCUCAGCCUCUACCUCUAGAGAAAACAACCCAUCUCCCAACCUGUCUGUAUAGUUAAUACUCUCCACUGCACCCUCCCCGAAAUCUGUAAUGGGACACCCAGAACUGCACAAUACCGCAUGCAGCCGAACCAAAGUUUUAUAGAACAUGAAGUGACUUGCUGCCCUCGCCAGAUAUACUUGCAGAUACUGUACCAUGUUAAGCUGAUUUCCAUGACUGUGAUUUGAAGUGUGCUAACAGCAAUGACUCAACUUUUUGUUUGCUAGUCCAACACUAGUACUGCACCAAAUUGUCUGCCCUUCUGAACAAAGCAAUUUGAAUAAAUUUGAAGACUAAUGAUUUUUUUCAACAAGUGUUUACCUUGUAUCUCUGAUACUUUGAUCUUUAUCCCCAAGCCAUCAGUCAAUGGAGAUGCAUUUGUCAUUGAUACUGGUCAUGGUUCUGCUUCCCUUCCUACUGGCAUUAGUUGAUUAAUUGACAACUCCAGGAUUGUUGCUCUCAUUGUCCUCUGUUAAACUUGCAGCUGAAGAAAUACCCUUGAAUGAGUGGCUUUCUAGUCUUGCACAGAACAGUGGAAGCUUGAUUCCUAGCACAACAUCUUAAGUGAGAGAACUAGGGAUGACUGACUAGAUCAUAGGGAUGGACCCUAACAAGCCAAGUUAUUAGCAGUGCAGUAAACCACCAAAAUGAGAGCUUUGUGUGAGAGAGAAAAAGGCUAAAAGGAGCAAAAUGUAUCAAUCAUCAAACUAACACUACUUUUGAUGAAACUGAUAUCUCCAAAACACACAGUAUGCCACAUACUAAGGAAAAGUAAUGGACAUUACAGCCCACGUAAAACAUUAAGUCAAUAUCAGGAACAGUAUUAAAAUGUUGAGCUCUUCAAAGCUGUUCUGCUAUUUGGUUGGUUGGUCUGAACAAAGACGUUCACCUACCUUCCAUAUUCAUUCAUGGUCUUGGUUUUUUGAAAAAAAUAUAAAUACUUUUUGAAACUUCUAUCUAAUUACCAAUGUUAAAUGUAUUUUUCUUGAGUUGAUUUCCAUUAUUGUUUGAGGUUCUUCUUUGCAUCACUUGCGAAUGGCCAAGGGCAAUAUCCUCUUACAAAAGAUUCUCCUAAAGGAGCCAGAAAAUACUCAGUGAGUCAGCAGCAUCUGUGGGAGAAAAAACAUCUUUCAUCAAAACUGCAAAACAGUCUUAAGGUGGGAUCUAUUUCAGGAAAAGAAACAAGCCCCAGGUCGUCUCUGCACACGGUUACAGUGAAACUGAUGUGAUGGCUGGUUCUGUGCUUGGAGGGAAGAAGAGUCCUCAGGGGUGAUGCCACGAUCAUUGGUUGGUGACAGCUGCUGAAGCAAAUGGAAGAGGUGAAGAUUUUAACUUUUUCUCCACCACUUUACAAACAGCGAUACCAGAUGGUUGUUGAAUUAGUGGAGAAAUGUAAAGCCCAGAAGGUGGCAGAUUUGGGCUGUGCGCAGUGCACACUGCUGUCCCGCUUAAAGUUCUGCCGUUGCAUUGAAGAUCUUGUUGGAGUGGACGUGGACUUGGAACUUCUGAAGGAAAACAUGUAUCGUCUCUCGCCCUUGCCCUAUGCUUACCUCCACCCCCAGCCCUCUCCACUAACGGUGAGACUGUACCAGGGGUCUGUUGCUGUGAAGGAUCCUCGCAUGCUGGAUUGUGACUUUGUCUCCUGCAUUGAAUUAAUUGAGCACUUGGACACAGCUGAUCUGGCAAAGUUUCCUGAAGUAUUGUUUGGUUAUAUGAACCCAGCAGUGGUGGUAAUAACAACUCCCAAUGCUGACUUCAACCCCUUGAUCCCAGGGUUAGGCCAAUUCAGACACCAUGACCACAGGUUUGAAUGGAGUAGAUCGGAAUUUCAGGCUUGGUGCCUGAACAUUGGCCAUAAAUAUGACUACUCUGUGGAGUUCACUGGUGUAGGUAAAGGUCCUGAGGGUAGUGAAAGUCUGGGAUUCUGCACUCAGAUAGCAGUCUUCCGGAGGGUGCAUCUCAGGACAACCAAAACUGAAAUGAAGAACUCUAAGUCACCAUACAACCUGGUUUAUGAAGUUGUUUACCCAAGUUUGAAUGAUCGGAAAAUCUUGCACAAUGCUGUCUUGAAUGAGGUGAUCUUCACUGCAGAAUGUGUGAGACGGCGGUUGACUGACAGUGAAACAGACUGGCAGAGUGAAUGGAGGAUGUGGGGAGCUGACAGCGGGGAAUGUGCACCAGACGGGUUUGGCCAGGAGGCCAGCAUAAUUGGUGGCCAGCUUCACAUCCCCUUGCACGCCUUCUUCACCAACCCUAGAGUCCGGCAGCUCAGCGGCUCCAUCCAGCAGCUGCAGAAGAUACUGCAGGCAUCCGACCGAGUGAAGCUCGGUCACGCUGGUACCUCAGUCCUGUAUCCAGCUGCGGCCGACAGCAGUGACAACUGAUCAGUGGAAGGAGCCCAGAAUGUCACCAAAAUAGAUCCUCAGGUUCUCUUUUCUGUUCCUCGGAGCUGAGUGACAUUCCUGCCAGCCUCCUACUCCCAGAUCGUGUCAUCUCAGCUGGGACAGCCAGUCGACAUCUUCAUCGAGUUCACAUGCUCCAAAGGAAUUACGAUCUCCAGCAGAAAUCUCUGACUAAUUCUCCUACUCCCGAGACAAGAAGAGAAGAUUUGUAUUCGUUUAAUGCCUUUUGUGUUGCUCGGAUGUUCUGGAGGGAUUCACCACCAGUAAAGCAGUGCUGUAGUUUAGGAAAUUAACAGGUGAUCUGCACGCAAGGCAGGGCCCCCAUUAACCUGAUCUUCAUGACAAUGCUGGAUGAGGCUACAUAUUGGCCUGAACCUCAGGGGGUAGGUCCUACGUUCCUGGAUCUUUGGGAAUUGACACAGUCUCAUGUUAACAUCUCAUCAUAAGUGCAAUGCCUAAAACAUCUGUAGUUCCAGGGGUACAGGAUCAUAGUCAUACAGCACAGAAACCAGCCCUUCCAUCUACAUCUCCAUUCUGACUUUUUGCCUGCUCAGAUGAAUCUCAUUUACUUACAUUUUACUGUGUAGAACUUGCCAAUGUUCUUAGAGAUUUCAUCAAUAAAGUAGGACUUCCAAAAGGUGUAGUAUCUGAGUUGGACU